AUGUUGCAGGGCGCAUGCUCACUCCCAAGUUUCCUGGUGCCUUUUCUAUUCCACCUUAUGAAACUUUUUCCUCGGCGUGGUCUCACCCGCGAUUUAAGGCAUAGGUGUCGCCGAGCCGGGAGGCUGGGAGUCGCCGGGCGUGCGGGGGAGAGGCCGGGCCGCGCCGCGGCGGGGGGCGGAGGGAGAGGGCCGGCCGGGCGGGAAGGUGGGCUCUGGCCGCGGGGAACCGGGGACCGAGCCGCCGCCGCCCCUAGAGGGGAGCAGCCGGGACGAGGGGCCGCAGUCCGGGAAGGGGGCCCCACGAUGCCCAAAGUCUUCCUGGUGAAGAGGAGGAGCCCGGGGGUCUCGGUCCGCAGCUGGGAUGAGCUCCCGGACGAGGAGAGGGCAGACACCUACAUCCCAGUGGGCCUGGGCCGUCUGCUCCACGACCCCCCCGAGGACUGCCGCAGCGACGGCGGCAGCAGCAGCGGCGGCGGCAGCAGCAACGGCGCGGGGGAGCCCGGAGGCGCGGAGAGCAGCUCGUCCCCGCGCGCCCCCGAGCGCGAAACCCCCGAGCCCUGCGAUGGCGAGGUCCCCGGUGGACACCUGGCGGCGAAGCAGCGCCCGGUCGCCAGAUCGAAAAUCAAGUUCACCACAGGCACCUGCGGCGGCGACGCGGCGAUUCACACCUGCGACCUGUGCGGCAAGGCCUUCCGCCUGCAGCGCAUGCUCAACCGGCACCUCAAGUGCCACAGCCAGGUGAAGAGGCACCUGUGCAGCUUCUGCGGCAAGGGCUUCAACGACACCUUCGACCUCAAGAGGCACGUGCGCACGCACACAGGCAUUCGCCCCUACAAAUGUGACGUCUGCCACAAAGCCUUCACCCAGCGCUGCUCCUUGGAAUCCCACCUGAAGAAGAUCCAUGGGGUGCAGCAGCAGUAUGCCUACAAGCAGCGCCGGGACAAGCUGUACGUCUGUGAAGACUGUGGCUACACGGGCCCCACCCAGGAGGACCUGUACCUGCAUGUGAAUGGUGCCCACCCGGGCAGCGCGUUCCUCAAAAAGACAUCCAAGAAACUGGCAGCCCUCUUGCAAAACAAGCUGACAUCCACGCUCCAGGGCAAUGCCAACCUGAGCGAGGAGGAGGAGAAGUAG